AUGCCUGGAAAUAUUGGGACUGACGCCAUGGCAUCGCAGGCUGAGUGUCACUUGAGGCACUUGCCAAACUCAUACGACGGCGAGGGGAUCGGCCCAUUGGACCUCGACACCCCGAGCAAAGAAGCAUAUGAAGCAGAGGAGGAGAUCCCGCUGGUGGAUCACGACGACGACUUUGGUGUCGUUGUUCCUCGGACACAUCCUCGAGCACGGCAGCUGCCUGUGUGGCUCCGAUACCCCAGAAACAUCUUCCGUGCCUUGAUUCCAAGCUUCCUCAAGGCCUCAGAUCCGAAUGCCGUCCAGAAGCCGCUUCAUCCUACAGCAUGGCUCGCUAACAAGAAACCCGCCCCAACCGCAGAUGGUCUCCGUGGUGUAGCCGCCUUCUUCGUCGUCUGCCACCACUGGUCCCUCGUCACAGCCAACAUGAACAUCCAUCGCGGCUUCAUGAGCGACGACGACCCCAUGUUCAUCCAGCUGCCCAUCAUACGCCUCGUCAUCUCCGGCUUCUGGUCCGUCUGCGUCUUCUUCGUCAUCUCCGGGUUCGCGCUGAGCUACAAGCCCCUGAAGCUCCUCGGCCAGCACAAGACGGCCGAGUUCGCGACCGCGGCCGCCUCGUCGGCCUUUCGGCGGCACAUUCGCCUGUUUCUGCCGCCCGCGAUGACGACGUUUGUGAUUGCGUGGAUUUCGUAUUUCGGAUGGUUCGAGAUCCCCACGUCGGGCGUGGCCGUGCCGGCGCUGCGGCCGCCGCGGUUCGAUCGUGCUUACGACCAGCUUUGGGACUGGGCGAUGAAUCUCAUCGGGCUGUCGGACCCGUUUGGGAGGAACUUGCGGAGGGGCGAGGGGUACCCGUACGAGCCUACGCUCUGGACGAUUCCGAUCGAAUUUGACUGUUCUCUGGUCAUCUUCCUCGCUCACGUCGCCUUUUCGAGGUUACGCACCCGGGUUAGGCUCAGCAUGAACCUCUUCCUCGUGGCGUACACCCUCUACUUCAACUACUGGCAGUACUUCCUCUUCCUCGCAGGGCUCCUCUGCGCCAACCUGCACUUCUACUGGCAGCCUGCCAUAGCCAAUAACACCCUGCCAUACGUGGCAGCAGCAGCAACCCCGGGACCACACGGCCGCUUCGCCCGGCUGAGCUUCUCCCUCACAUCGUCACCAACCUACAGCGUAACCAAAAAGAUGCUCGGCACCCUCUCUUUCCUCGGCGCGCUCUGGCUCCUCUCGUACCCAAAGGGCACCGGCACGGCGGGCCUCUCGCCGGGCUAUAAGACGCUCGUCGCCAUCACGCCAGAGCGCUACGGCGAGGGCGAGUACCUCUGGAUCCCGCUCGCGUCCGCCUGGCUCGUCUUGUCGGUUGACCGGUCCCCGUUCCUGCAGCCGCUCUUCACGAACCGGGUGAUUCAGUACUUUGGCCGCAUCUCGUACGCGCUGUACCUCGUCCACGGGUCGCUGCUGUGGCUGUACGGGUGGCACCUCGUGCGCUUCUUCACGGGGCUGACGGGGGCGGAGACGAGCGGGCAGUUUACGUUUGGGGUGCUUUUGGCGACGUGUUUCUUUAUGCCUGGCGUGGUGUGCGUGGCUGACUUUGCGCAGAGGUAUUUGGAUGCCAAUGCUGUCAAGUUUGCGGCUUGGUUUGAGGGGAAGCUGAUUGACAAGAGGAGGUAG